UCAAAAUUAAAUCGUACGACAUCUAUCGAAAAGUGACUAAAUUUCAUUCGAAGCAUCUGGCAACACCGCGUACUCUCGUGUUUGUUUGUGUGUGUGUCACGGUCAUUGCGGUUUGCAAAUCAUCUUCAAAAAUAAUGAGUCAAGGGCAAGGAAAUUUGGUCCAUGUGGUGAAAAACCGCGCCGAAGUCGUCAAGAAAUUGGCAGACUUAAUCGCGGAAGUUUCGGUGAAAAAAAUAUCCACAAGUGGGGUGUUCAACAUAGGGGUUUCCGGGGGGUCGCUGGUGGGUUUCUUGAAGGAAGGUCUCCCUAAAAUAAACACAGACUUCAGUAAAUGGCGCGUUUUCUUUUGUGACGAGCGCGUGGUUCCGGAAGACAGCCCGGACUCCACUUACGGACAAUACAAAGAACUCGCAACAACGCUUAAACUAAAGGAAAACCAAUUUGUUACCAUCAAACAGGGCAUUUCUGCGGAGGAAGCGGCUGAGGAUUACGGCCGACAGAUGGCGCGGCAUUUUCCGGAAGUUGAGUGGCCUGAGUUCGAUAUGUUGUUGUUGGGGAUGGGUCCGGAUGGACACACUUGUUCGCUGUUUCCUGGGCAUAAAUUGUUGGAGGAAAAGACGAAGUGGGUGGCGCCGAUUACAGAUUCCCCCAAGCCGCCGCCGAGUAGGGUCACUAUGACUUUUCCGGUGAUCAACAACGCCCUCUAUUGCGUGUUUGCGGCGUGUGGGAAGGAGAAGGCUGAUAUGGUCAAAAGAAUUCUUGUGGAUAAGGAGGAUUUACCAGCUACCCGGGUGCUUCCCUCUGGUACUCUAGUCUGGAUUCUGGAUGAAGAGGCCGGCAAACACAAGCUCUAACUGAAGUCAAGUUUUUAUUUUAAAUUUUAUAUAAAUACUUACAAUACAGAGGUAUAAUAAAUACCAUUUUAUUAAAAUAUUAAGUACAUCA